AUGCCUUUCAAAGCUUUCCAGACCUUCAGAGAAAAAAUUCUGAAACCUGGGAAAGAAGGAGUGAAGAAUGCGGUGGGAGAUUCGCUGGGAAUUUUACAAAGAAAAAUUGAUGGGACCAAUGAAGAAGAAGAUAACAUUGAGCUGAAUGAAGAAGGAAGACCAGUGCAGACAUGCAGGCCAAGCCCCCCACUGUGUGACUGCCAUUGCUGUGGCAUUCCCAAGCGUUAUAUCAUCGCCAUCAUGAGUGGGCUAGGAUUCUGCAUUUCCUUUGGGAUUCGGUGCAAUCUUGGAGUUGCCAUUGUGGAAAUGGUCAACAAUAGCACUGUCUAUGUGAAUGGGAAACCAGAAAUUCAGAUAGCACAAUUUAAUUGGGAUCCAGAGACAGUGGGCCUUAUCCAUGGAUCUUUCUUCUGGGGUUAUAUAGUGACACAAAUUCCAGGUGGCUUCAUUUCAAACAAGUUUGCUGCAAACAGGGUCUUUGGAGCUGCCAUUUUCUUAACAUCAACUUUGAACAUGUUCAUUCCGUCUGCAGCCAGAGUACAUUAUGGCUGUGUCAUGGGUGUCAGAAUUUUGCAGGGCCUAGUGGAGGGUGUGACCUACCCAGCCUGCCAUGGCAUGUGGAGUAAGUGGGCACCACCUUUGGAGAGAAGCCGUCUGGCCACAACUUCUUUUUGUGGUUCCUAUGCAGGGGCAGUGGUAGCCAUGCCCUUGGCAGGGGUGUUGGUGCAGUACAUUGGUUGGGCCUCCGUCUUUUACAUUUAUGGUAUGUUUGGGAUUAUUUGGUACAUGUUUUGGCUAUUACAGGCCUAUGAGUGUCCAGCAAUGCACCCAACCAUCUCUAAUGAGGAGAGAACCUAUAUAGAGACAAGUAUAGGAGAAGGAACCAACUUGGUUAGUCUAAGUAAAUUUAAUACACCAUGGAAAAGAUUUUUUACAUCACUGCCGGUUUAUGCAAUCAUUGUGGCAAAUUUUUGCCGAAGCUGGACCUUUUAUUUGCUCUUAAUAAGUCAGCCUGCUUAUUUUGAAGAGGUCUUUGGAUUUGCAAUAAGUAAGGUGGGUCUCCUGUCAGCGGUUCCACACAUGGUGAUGACAAUUGUUGUGCCCAUUGGAGGACAACUGGCUGAUUAUUUAAGAAGCAGGAAAAUCUUGACCACGACUGCUGUCAGGAAGAUCAUGAACUGCGGAGGUUUUGGCAUGGAGGCCACCUUGCUCCUGGUGGUUGGUUUUUCCCAUACCAAAGGGGUGGCUAUCUCCUUUCUGGUGCUUGCUGUAGGAUUUAGUGGCUUUGCUAUUUCAGGUUUUAACGUCAACCACCUGGACAUUGCGCCCCGCUACGCCAGCAUUCUCAUGGGGAUCUCAAAUGGAGUGGGGACCCUCUCCGGCAUGGUCUGUCCUCUCAUCGUUGGGGCAAUGACCAAGCACAAGACCCGUGAGGAGUGGCAGAAUGUGUUCCUCAUAGCUGCACUGGUGCACUACAGUGGUGUGAUCUUCUAUGGAGUCUUUGCUUCUGGGGAGAAGCAGGAAUGGGCUGACCCAGAGAAUCUCUCUGAGGAGAAAUGUGGGAUCAUUGACCAGGAUGAAUUAGCUGAAGAGACAGAACUCAACCAUGAGCCUUCUGGGAGUCCCAGGAAGAAGAUGUCGUACGGUGCCACCAUGCAGAAUUGUGAAGUCCGGAAGAAGGAAUGGAGCAGACAGAGAGGAGCCACUGUUGAGGAGGAAGAGCCACCAUCUUACCAGAAUGAGGAGGGACAUUUCUCAGACACAUCCUAA